AAUACCCCCCUUCCGCAUGAUGAUGAUGAUGACUAACAUGGCGGCGGUGUGGUGCAGUAAAUAUAUUUAGUGUCAGAUCCUCCAAAUUUCUACCUUUCUCUGCUCGCCUAAGAGCUCGUUAUUCCCAACAUGACUGACUCCGGUGCCCGGUCCGCAAUGCCGCCGCCCAGUGAGGGUCUAGGCCGCGCCAUGAGCCCGCAGCGGCGUCCUUUUUGGAAGAGGAACGCCCCCAAAGUGCCCGGCAGGUCUGUGCAAGCCAGUCCCAUUAGGGAGAAUCUAAAGGACCAAAAACCUAGAAAGACUUUGUCAUUCCAAGAUUUUGAGGAUAACACCAGUGAUGCUUGGGAUGAUGCUGAAGAUGAGAUUAUUGCGCUCUCUGAGGCGAAGCUCUCUUUUGAAAACUUGUUACCUGUCUCGGUGAAUCACGGCAAAACGGCGAGCACCAAUCAGGCAAGCCUGCCUCAGCGGUUAGAGGAAGUAACGGGAGAAAAUACAGUUCCAGUAACAGGAGACUUUCCAAGCCAACAGGCAAGUUCAACAGGCAAGUCAGAAGAAGUGUCGUCCGUCAGUCGACAGAAAGGUGUGGGUCCGGGGGUUGGGAUCAGACAGAGCAUACCUGAAGACUCGAACACAGCACCAGCCAUGCCCCCUGUACAUGUACACCCCCCACCCACAGUCAACACCAGGCAUUCAGAGGAUACAACAGAGUCAGGAGACUGGAGCGUGCCCCAAUCAGAGAGCAGACCCAAUCCCCCAUCCCGUCUCAGCAGACAGCUGGGCAGGGCGUGCAGCGAUGACAAAUCCCUGUCUGAACGGGAGGGAGCCAAGCUGAAAAAAGUCAAUGAGUUUAUCGCAGGACCUAAUACAGACUUAGAUGCGCUGAAGAAGAUGGUAUGGUCAGGUGUACCCAGAGAAGCUCGACCUACUGUGUGGAAAUUGCUCAGUAAUUACCUGCCUGCGAAUGUUGAGAGGCGGUGUAUGAUGUUGGAGAGGAAACGGGAGGAGUACUUCAGGUUUGUUAAACAGUACUAUCCCAGCAGGACACAGGACAAUCAUGUGGAAACGUGGAGACAGAUCCAGGUAGACAUACCUAGGAUGAAUUCCCAGCUUCCAUUUUUCCGUCAAAGUUCAAUUCAAGAGAUCCAUAUAGAUAUCCCAAGGACAAAUCCUCUCAUACCUUUAUUUCAACAGAAGGUUAUCCAAGAGAUCUAUGAGAGAGUACUGUUCAUCUGGGCUAUCAGACAUCCAGCUAGUGGCUAUGUGCAAGGCAUCAACGACCUGGUCACACCCUUCUUUGUGGUGUUUCUAUCCGAAUAUACAGAUCUAGAUGUGAUAACAGAGGACUUUGAUGCUUCACAAAACCUGGAGGAGAAGGCCCUGAACAGCAUCGAGGCCGACUGCUUCUGGUGCUUGAGUAAACUCCUGGAUGGGAUUCAGGAUAACUACACAUUUGCCCAGCCUGGUAUCCAGCUGAAGGUGAACGCUCUUCGAGAGCUGGUCAAGAGAAUAGACGCUCCCCUCCAUGCCCAUCUAGAAGCACACAUGGUGGAGUAUCUACAGUUCGCCUUCCGCUGGAUGAACAACCUCCUGAUGAGAGAGUUGCCGCUGAGAUGCACAAUCCGUCUAUGGGACACAUACCUGGCUGAGCCACAGGGAUUCUCCACGUUCCACCUGUAUGUGUGUGCUGCCUUCCUCAUCAAGUGGAGAAAAGACCUACUCAGGGAGAGGGACUUCCAGGGUCUUAUGCUACAUCUACAAAACCUUCCCACGAUACACUGGGGUGAUGACGAGAUCGGCCUGAUUCUUGCGGAAGCGUACAGACUGAAGUACAUGUUCGCUGACGCACCAAACCAUCUCAACCAGAAAAAACCUACAUAGCAUUUCUACAGACUAACAUAUUGUGAACUAGAUGGUAAGAGCUGUCAUGUGCAGCAAUCAACGUGUCAUGUCCUGUACAUGUCUUAGUCUUCAAUUUCUAACAUUGUCAUAGCUUGGAAUUACUUAUUAGAUGAAUGUCCAGAGCUAAUUAAUUUGGCCCAUUGCUCCCUUGCUUACAUGUAGCUUGUUUUACACAAGCUGUUGCUGCUGGGGGCUUUUUGAGCCUUCUCCCCAAGCACUUAUUGCCAUACACUUAGUCUACUAAAUGGAAAGAAUUGUUGCCUUUCUGAGAGUUUAUUGCAAUGAAAACCUAUCCAAUAGGAGCUCAUUCUCUGUCACCAUGGAUACAAGCCAUUACACCUCAGUCUAACACUAUGGUAAGACUACACUGACUUGAUUUCAUAGAUGACAUCUGUGGGCACAUUGAUUUUCGUCUUCUUUUUUUUUUUCAAUGUGGCCACAUGUGACAUGUGAUUUUGGCAGAUUUUUUUGCCCUUAUGCAUUUAGUAAGUUCUGGGUCUCCAGAGGAUGUCAUUCAUAAAACUAAACCAGUGUUGCCAAACAGACAGUUCCCAGUACAGUCUGACAUAAGUUAGUACAUGUUAGCACAUUUGCAUAAAUCAACACAUUUCUCAUGUUCUCAACUGGUGUUGGUCAUCAAGCUUCUAGGACAUGACCAAUGAAAGGACUGCUUAGCCAAGAAGGUUUAGUCAGGUUACUUACUUGCUUUUAGUCAUAAAUUGUGUGUUGACUCACAAUCAACCAAAAUGUACACCUUUUAUGACAUGCAUAAAUUGCACAUAUUAUAUAGUUAUCCAUUGUAGCUGCAAUACAAGAUGAACCUGAGUCUAUACCUGAACCUGAGUUUAUGUAUCAGCACUAGAAAUUGGUAGGUGAAGUUUGGGGUGUUUCGCUUGUUUGUCAGUGCUAACGAAACAACAGUACGGCAUAUGGCUGGGUAGACAAGGUUUGUCAACAACCUUCCUUUUUUGGUCUCUUUCUGUGGAAAAUUUCUUGUUGUACAAGAAAUGGCUUAAGGUACUGACCACUAGGAAGAAGAGGACCGUAGCCUGGCUACUUGACAGUUCAUUUGUGUUAAAAAAUCAAACAAUUUGAAGGUCUAGAGCCUGAUGUUGACAUGAUCAUGAUCAUACAAAUGAAAGGGCCCUCAUACAUUUGUGUAGGGGGCCUAUAUACUCAUAUUUUGCUAAUUGAGGUUUAUUUAAAAUAGUUGUCACCCACAAGCUAAUAUAACUCCACACACCCCACUAUAUGGUUUCACAGCCACAGUUUAUUUAGACAGUAUAUGUGUUGUCGUGUACUCACGAAUAUUAACGGUAACCAUACAAAAUGUACAUUUUACUUAAUAAUAGGCCAUGAUUCAAUUAUAUGGAAUACAUCCUGUGGGAAUGCCAAAACCAAUGCCACUGUGCAUAAAACAAAAAUGUUGGUAAAAAAAAGUUGCUUUCAUUAUGAAAUCUUAGUGGUCAGAAAGGUGAAACAAGUGGUAUACCCAACAAUAAAUCGUUCACUUUUGCUUCUUUCACAAUCUUUGGAAUUGACUUUGGCAAUCUAGUGCAUUAUUAUCCAUACUCCAAUAUGUUUUUGAAACUUACAGCAUAUACAUUUACUCAUUUGGCAUUAUACCUUUGUAUAAUUUACAGUAUUGUCAAAAACUUGUUUGGGGGGAUAUUGACAAAAUGUUGACAGGUGCAUGGCUGUUAUCCAUAUAAUCAAAUCUUGCCUUAUUGCAUUUAGUAUGACUUGAGGUUACAACAUACUUGUACCUUGUUUCAACAUAUUUUAUACAGUGCAUCAAUCCCGUCUCUUUUCCACAAGAUAUGCAGCUUUUCAUGUUUGUUAAUGACUAGGAACAUGCAACACUUUCUGUAUAUAUGUAUUAUACAAUUGCUCUCGAAUAACACAUAGUUCACACAUCUUUCAAACAAAUUUAGAGGCAGUGGUAAUGUUGCUUAUACGCUGGGUACAAGACUCAGUGUUGGGGUCCAUGUGGGUAGACAUAUGCAUUGUACAGAAUAACAAUACAGGUUUUGCUAUCGCAAACCUGUAAUAAGUCUGGCAAGGAUUCAUCAUUAAGUUAUGAGACCAAGAAAUAAGGUGCACAACUCAAAAUCAUACCUACAUGUAUAAAGUAUGAAAUAAGUAUCUUAGCAGUUUCCACCAAAUUUCCAGUCAUUAAUUGUGGUCCUUUCUGGUCCACGUCCCUUUGAAAAUCAGUUAAGAACGAGGGGUGAUCAAUAAGUCCUCAGCCUCACCCAGAAAUAAUAAGCACAACUCAGAUUUCGAAGCAUAGAUGUCAAGUACAAAGUCUUUUCUGAAUGUGUACCAAAGUUCAUAUUAUUGUGAUCGUUACUUUGCAGGCGACACCCAGUAACGUUAGGUGUCAUAAAAAAAUCUUCAAAAUGUUUCAUAAGGAAUCUCUUCGUAUUUCAACUUGUAAGAAGUUUAUAUCUGACUUUCAGCAGAGCAAGUUGACCACCACACCUCGCUCUAACCUGGUGUUACUGGGUGUUGCCUGCGAAGUAAUGACCAUAAUGAUUUGAAUGUUUGUAGACAUUCAUAAAAGAUGUCGACUUUAUAAUUAUGCCUAAUUUGAGUCUUCAUUUAUUCUACCAUGAACUCUACUCAAUAUGGAUGUGGAAAUUAUUUUAUUUCACAAUGUGCAAAAUGUUACAAGCUUAUUUCUCUUUGCAAAUUUGAAUUAGGAGAAAACAAACAUUGUGAUAAAAGUAUUUGAUCAUUUAUAAUGUAAGUGACAUAUACUAAAACAACAUUCAUCACUUCAAAUGAGUUCCUGACUUGGUUAAGAAGAGAGAUGGGCCCCGCCCUCCAAUACCGCGCCAGACAUAUUGAGUAACAACCAACUGUACAAGACAUUUCAUCAUAUUUUGAUAUUAUGUAAAAUAGUGGCAUAGUAGAAUCGAUAAUUUGUGCAUUUUGUAUCCUUGAUGGUAUAUAGAGCCUUUAUGUUGGUCAGUCAUACUUGUAUUUUUCUGGUGAAAGGGAAUAUUGUAAAAUUGUGCAAAUGCAUGUAUUAAAUGAUCCCAGAUCGGAAUUUCAAACUUGCACGGUAUGUGAUCUUUAAUUUCUGUGAGAACUCCCAUGACAUGUAGAUUAUGGUCUCGUAUUUCCAAGGUAAAAAUAGAUAUUGUUCUUAACACAUCCGUGGAUAUUCGUGUGUGGAAAAUAGUCCCCUUUGCUGGUUGCUUGUCGAUUGUUGUAUAUAUAUAUACACCUGUAACAUUGACAGUUACAAUUUUGUAGACCUAUAGGAAGAAUAUUGUUUUUCCGGUUACACACAUUACAAAAUAAGGUUUGUAGGAAGGAUCCCCUCAUUAUUAUAGAUUUUUCGGCCGAAGUUUAGCAAUGUAAAACUUAAAUGCAUCAGGCACAGGUAUGGGUAUCAUCUUAUACAGAGAGACAAUUAUAUUAAUAAACUGGAGGAAAAGGUGGAAUGUUCACUAUAUGUACAUAUUUUUACAUACGUAUCUGCUAUCUGAUAUUCAUUAACAAGUGCAGAAUGCAGGAAGUCUGUUUGAAAUUUCACUACUUAGAUGCAAGAUACAAAAGUUUAUCUUCCUUACCAGUGGCCGAACAAAAUAACAAAAAAUAUGGCUGGCACCUGCAGGUUCAUGCUAAUGUCAUUUGGGUAACCGGAAGUACAGCAUUUCUUUGUAGGCCUUAGAAUACCUUUGACUAAAAAGGAUAUUAUACAUACAAAACACAUGUAAAAUAGUGUAUGCACAUGUACACUUAAAGUGCCUCUUCUUCCCUUUCCUCUUUGUAUUUUCUCCUGCUACUUGCAACACUAAAAUGACGUAACGUCCUUUUGUAAACUAAUUUUCUUUAUCACGUGUGGGUCUGGGUCUGUUAUAAGCCAUGUCAUUUACUCCUUCAAGUCAAAUGAACUAAAAUACUGAAUAUGAUAUUCCUAGAUUAUUGUUGCCAUGUAUUAAAGUACAUUUUGCAAACUGAAGUUU